GCCAUGUUUGUGCCCUGCGCGGACCCAGCGCCUGAGCUCACCGGCUUCACCUUCUUGAUGCCAGCAGUGUCCGUUGGAAAUGUUGGCCAACUUGCUAUAGAUCUGAUUAUUUCCACACUGAAUAUGUUUAAGGUUGGUUACUUCUAUACCGAUUGUCUUGUGCCGAUGGUUGGAAAUAAUCCAUAUGCAACCACAGAAGAAAACUCAACAGAACUCAGUAUAAAUGCUGAAGUGUACUCAUUGCCUUCAAGGAAGCUAGUGGCUCUUCAGUUAAGAUCCAUUUUUAUCAAGUAUAAAUCCAAGCCAUUCUGUGAAAAGCUACUUUCCUGGGUAAAGAGUAGUAACUGUGCCAGAGUUAUUGUUCUUUCAAGCAGUCAUUCGUAUCACCGCAAUGAUCUGCAGCUUUGCAGUACUCCCUUUCGCUACCUACUUACACCUUCCAUGCAAAAAAGUGUUCAGAAUAAAAUAAAUAGCCUUAACUGGGAAGAAAUGGAAAAAAGCCAGUGCAUUCCAGGAAUUGAAGAUUCUGAGUUAUGUGUCCGUAUCCCUGGAGGAGGUAUCACAAAAAUACUCUAUGAGGAAAGCUGUUCUAGAGAAAUCUCAAUGGCAGUUCUGCUGAAAUUUGUUUCUGAAGGAGACAAUAUCCCAGAUGCAUUAGGUCUUGUUGAGUAUCUUAAUGAAUGGCUUCAGAUCAUCAAACCACAUAUUGAUGGUCCCACAGCAUCUGCCUUGCCAUGGAAAAUACCAAGUUCUUGGAGAUUACUCUUUGGCAGUGGUCUUCCUCCUGCACUUUUCUGAUCUGGUUUCAGUUUUAUACCAUGUCUCAAGAUACUUACCACCAGUAAAACUGUUAAACAUCCUAUACAAAAAUUUGUACUAAUCAUGUAUUAAGAAAUAGUUAUUUUUAUAGAAAAUCUCUAAAAAAGGAUUAAUAAAAGGUCAUUUUUUCCAUACCUUUCAUCAUAUAAAACAAAUGUAGAUUUUGUAUAAUGUUCAAGUAAUUUU